AUUGAGCGGGAAAGCAGCUAAACUGCCGCAGUGCCCAUCUGGUGGAGACGAUAAUCAUCAUGGAAAUGGCGGGCAGUGCAGAAACUUGCUCACCGCCGGGGAUGGGGUGGGAGAAGAAACAAGAGCAUCGGAAGAUGCGUCUGCAGAAUUUAAAAUUACAUCGCAACGAAGGCGCGGGAAUGUUUUUGUUUUUUUUUGAAAAAAAAACAAAAUACGUUCCUUCGAAUGACCCGGCCGCGCGAUCCGCUCGUCUCGCAGAAGGGGGCUGGUGUGGGGGAGGGAAAACAAAAGGUGACUCAGGAGCCAGUUGGAGGAGGUGGGGGGUUGGGACAGACUCCAUGCUGCCCCUCAGUGAGGGGAAGAAGAAAACCAUUCACCACCAAGAUGGCGCCGGACGCCUUCCUCCAACCCUGCCCCCAGCCGACAUUUUGUCUCUGCCAUCGGCCGCACCACGCGCCUUUGCCGCAGCUCCUCGACGACAUUUUAAUCGAAAAUAAAGGGAACGAUGGGCUGGUCGCCACCCUUCACUUCAGUCUCGUUUUCUUUUCUGAAUGAUUUUUUUUCCGGGGAAAACAAAAUUCGUGUCCAGUUCUCCAGCAAGGCCUUAAAACUCGACCCGAUUGAUUGUGUUGGGGGGGGUGUGAGGGGGUUGGGAGAAACCCUCGUGGCCUAAGUGCGGCCUCCUCGCGGCCUACCAACCGCCAAUGCUCUAACGGCCGUUCUCGAGCUGCAGCGCGAGCGCCCGCAGGCCGCCUCCCGCCGGCGAAGCGGCCCCAGCUCCGGAGACUUGACUACCCUGCCCUUACCUGAAUUCUAAGGGCACAGAACUGUAACAGGACAAUGAGCUUUGCCGCUCACUAGCUGCCAGCCAGGUUGGGUGGAAUUAUUAGAAGUUACUAUGAGUAGCAAGAGUGUGCAGGUUGCCAGAGGUGAAACAGCCGAACUACCAUGUACCUUCAUUACAAGUGCAGCUCUAACUCAACUGAAUAUCAUCUGGACUGUGACACCUCUCUCAAAUGUCAAUCAGCCAGAACAGGUAAUUUUGUACCAGGGAGGCCAGAUAAUUAGUGGAGCCACCCAGUUUAAUUCCCGUGUCGGCUUUGUCGUCACCAUGCCGAGCACAGUUGCCUCCAUCUUCAUUAAUAAUACACAACUGUCAGACACAGGGACAUAUCAAUGCUUGGUGAACAACCUGCCUGACAGAGGAGAAAGGAACAUAGGCAUUCUUGGAUUGUCUGUAUUAGUGCCACCUGCUAUCCCAUCGUGUAGACUUCAAGGAACUGUUGAUGCUGGACAUGAUGUCACACUCACUUGUAAUUCGAAAGAAGCUAUCCCCAUCCCAGCGUAUUCCUGGGAAAAACUGGAUUCUUUUGAUAAAUUACCACCAAUGUCAGUCCAGGAUCCAAUGCAGGGGACAUUGAUUCUCCGGAAUAUCAGCACUGCAACAAAUGGUUUGUAUCAGUGUACAGCUUCUAACACAAUUGGAUCCAGUACCUGUACCAUUGACCUACAGGUUGUUGCUUCACAACUGCAGAAUGUUGGAAUAAUAAUUGGAGCUGUGGUGACAGGUAUCCUGGCACUUCUCCUCUGCAUCUUUUCCAUUGUUGUCAUUGUGGUCUACUGGAAGAACAAAAACAAGUAUGAAGAGGAGGAAAUUCCCAAUGAGAUCAGGGAAGAUGACAUUCCACCAUCAUCAUCAUCCUCUAAAGGUUUCCAUCCAGCUGGUUCCUCUGAAAAUGUUACCCUCACAUCAGUAAACACAUUAAAUGCCCCCUACUGGCAAAGAAAGAAGCCUACGUACGAGUUAAAUCCAUUCAGUCGGUAUAAUGGACACACGCUCCACUCAAUUGCGACAACGUCGAGUCAACCACGUAACCGACCAGUGUACACAAAUGGGAGCUACCACACCACGCCAAAGGCAAUGAUUGUUGCUUCAAGUUUAUCACCAUCUUCACACAACCUAGCAAGGUGCAAUGGCUCACUUGUUCGUACGACACCUUCACAGCAUGCACUCUCCUAUGCUGUUAGCCAUGCAAAUCUUCAACGAAUGGGCGGCAUACCUGUCAUGGUACCGGCACAGAACAGGGCAGGAUCUCUGGUAUAGAUAACAUUUAAUUGAUAGACUGAAGACUGUACUCGUGACCUAAAUUUCAGUUACAGAUUGAUAUUUUCUCAUGUUACAACAAAACACACUUUCUCGCCCAGUCCCUGAUCUGUGGGAGGAGUUGUAUAAAAAGCAAAGCUGUUUCAUGCCUGAGUUUGAUUUAUGUACAGCUGCAUUUUGUCUUAAAAUUAACACAUCUCUGAAGUCUUUUGCUUUUCACCAUCAUUGAUAGACACUGAAUUGUUUUAAAUUCUUAGGAAAAAAAAGUGUAAAUUUCCCAAAAGAAAUAAGACAUUUGCUUGAAAUUAAAGCGGAGUGAUUUGCGUGCAGUUUCUUAAUAAUGAUCGAGAGACUGAAAACGUAUCUGACAUUAAGUUACUACCCUCAAGAUGGGAAAUGAGAAGAAUUUUCAUCAAGUACAAUUCACAGGUCUGUUUCCCCUCUAUUUACUGUUCAGAUACCUGGAACUGCAAUAUGGGACAGACGAAAUGUUUCAAUAAAGGGCAAUGUUGAAAAUUGGUAAGUUCUAGAAAAUUACUGAGAAUUUCACAGUUCAAAGUAUUCUAAGUGUAUUAAAAGCCCAAAAAUUAGAAAAGAAUUGUCAAUUGGACAUGACAUUGGAAGUAUAUAGUUUUCUUUGAAGGGAAUGAUUUGAGAUCAUCCCCAAUCGGCCUCGGAUACCACCAAACACGCUUUUGCUGAAAUGCUCGUCUUAGAGCAAUUCUACACGGAAAAAAGUGGCAUUAUUUAGAGACAGCACAACUAACUGAGAAAGCAAGACAAUUGAGACGAUUAAAAAGAACAGAAUGGAAUUACUGACAUAUGCCUUCAACCACAAAAAGGGGUUCAUAAAUAACUGGACAGAAGGGGCUCCCAACUGCUGUGUGGAACAGUAAACCAGUACUUUGCAAUGGUUUUGUCUGAACAACGAAGUUCAAAAUGAUUGUUUGUGGUAUUGAGAAAUGUUAUUUAGAAACGCUGAACUUAAUGCUUCAAGGUAUUGUUAAGAUCUACGUAUAAGCAUUUUCAGAAGAAAUAUUUGUUUCAUUUACCUAUUAAGAGAUUAGGUUACAUAUACAUCACAACAGCAAAUUGUGUUUACACAGGUUAAUGGUUUCUAUAGUUUCUAUUGCUGUUGUGCAUUAUUUAUGUCAAAUAGAGCUCUGUCGCUGGAACGUUGGUGCUUGGUACAGGUUCUGGCUUCCCCAACAACCUUGUUACAACUAGACUAUGAUCCAGCUGAAGGUUCCUUUUCUGCGCAUGAUAGAUUGAAGGAUAAUAUUAGUUACCAUUUUUUGAGUUCUUUGGUUGCUGUGGAGGUUUUUUUUUGCUGAAUUGGACGCUCUUUAGCUAAAGAAUGACCCAUUUCUCAAUUAUCUCAACACCUUGUAUGAGGCAUUUGGCACUUAGUGAAUAAUAAAAAUAUCUGAGCCAUUUUAUUUAAAUUGAAGAGGAGCUGCUUCCAUCUGUUAUGUAAAUACAGACUGUUGCUUACAGCGACACUGCUAAAAUAAAUUGCCCAGAAGCUGCUAACCAUAACAGCAAAUACAAGUCUAGCAAUUUGUUUUUCACUGAUAUGUAGUGCUGAAAUUCAAAUAAACAGCCCAGAUAAUUGGAAACAAAAUCUCCAAUAUCAUUUGAAUGAAAGUGCUGAUCAGUGAAAUGAAUUCAUUGGUAGAAUUGCACCAAAGCUCCUGUCAACAACUCCAUUGAUUGCAACCAUUUUUGCAUAAAUUUUGUUUAUUGUAUUAAUGAGUUUAAAAAAAUUCAUUAUUAGCCAUUUUAAAUUUUUUGAUCUUUGUGCACAC